AAGACGAUCUGAGAUGGACUCAAGAUGGCCUAAGACGGCCCAAGAGGCCUCCAAGACGGCCCAAGAGGCGUCCAGGAGGUCCUCCGUAGCCAUUUUGGUUCAAGCAAUUGUGAAUCGACUCACUCCAGAUCAGUCAAGCCACACAAGCUAUACUCAGUAUUGCACACAUACGUGAAAAAAAGCGAACCCAUGGUGUUCAUCAUCGUUCACCUUGUACUAUUCGCCAACUUCGCCCUGCCGCUGCAGGCAGUAACGCUGCAGAAUGCAGCAGAUGAGGCGCUGCUCAGGCGUGCUGGUCGUCGCGCUGCAGCGGGAGAAGCCGUCAGUCGCAAUGGCAUGGUAACUCUCCAGUACCUUAUGGACCAGCACAUCGCGUCGGAGACCGAGCUCCAUCUCCGUGCGGACGAAACCUGGCGCAAGUACGCAAACCAACUUGCCGAUAGCGGAUGCAACUACAAAGGGGGGUUGUUGCCUUGCCCCAAUGGCAACAUCUGUUAUUACCAAGGACACGGAGGUUUGAACGUGACAGCCACAGUGGAAUAUCGCGGGAACAUCAUCAAGACAGUCAUAACCCCCGACCCAGAUGCCGAAGUCGACAUGCCAGAGAUCGUGACGUUUAUGGGGGCCAAUACCGCCGACGCUCCUGCAAUGUUGAUGGAUGUGCCAGCGGAAUACCGGAGAACAGAGAACCCCAUCAUGCUGAAAAUGUUUUUCGUGGAGGACACUGAUAAUGUCACUGAGGAGUGCCCUCAUGACAAUGAGCGCGUGGAGUCCAUGGAAAACGGCAGCGUGUCGUACCGCCUUCAGAACAACACGGUCACAUUUUCAACGCAAAGCCCAACCACGUUCAUGGGCAUGGCCUUCGAUUUCGUCAGCGAGGCACCUGUGGGUCAUACUCUGGCCUUCGAGAUCCCUGUCGGGACGGAGAUCGUCUGGGUGAGCCGUGAAGAGAUGGUCGAGGUGCUCCAGUCGCAGGAGUUGCCGGCUUCCCUCGACAGGCGCUUAGAGGAGCAGUUACGCAAGUCUGCUUUGGCCAAGGAGAUGGAUGGCGCGCUCACGCAGAAAGGCAGCAGGCGGCGCAGGCGGCGCAGCCGGGGCUGCUCUUCCGGACAGACAGGUGCCAUGGCAGGAGGUGCAGCCGCCGUGACCGUCGGAGUCGUAUCUUGCAUAUUUUUUUGGAUCGCUUGCUUCACGGCGUCGCCUUUCUUGGUGACGAUGGGGACCAUCUCGGUGACAAACGGUGCUUGUGACUGUUGGGCUAACGAUGGCUCGGGAAAGACCGCUUGCGGGUUGGCGCGGUGAGCGGUGGCCGAACACCCUCGGCCCUCGCCCCAGGCGAAAUUCUAGGUUCAUAGCCCUGCUUUCAUGUGGGGGCGAGGGCUGCGAGAGCGCAAUGCCUUUCUCCAACAAUAGCCGGCGGGCCCCCAGCGCGAUCAGGAUACGGGAUGUGGGAGGGUAACUGUUACUACUUUCAGUGUAG